UGCCUUGCGUCACUCUGAAGGUCUCCUGCCCACGAGUCUGGCAGUGGCUUGGUUCUCCCUGGCUUUCUCCCUCUUGCUCUGGCUGCCGCUCUCCCACGGCCCGCUGUGAUGCUCCCCAGGCAUCGGCCCCCUGUGCCUGCUUUGGGCAUCCCUGCAAGGGUAAGCCAGUUCUUCUGCCCUGAGGAUACUCGGCCCCUGGCCCGCUGCAGGGCACAUACCUCUCCCAUGGAGCUGCCCCCCACCUCUCUCAAGGGGAAGAUGCCCAGGCCGUACAGCGAGAUCCCGGGCAACUGGAAAACCAGCUGGUUCAAUCUGUAUUUCUUCUGGAAGGACGGCGGCUUCCAUAACGUCCACAGCAUGAUGGUGCGCAAUUUCCAGCAGUUCGGACCCAUAUACAGGGAGAAACUGGGCAUCUACGAGAGCAUCAACAUCAUUGAUCCGGAAGACGCCGCUGUCCUCUUCAAGCACGAGGGCAUGUACCCCGAGAGGCUGACCGUGCCCCCGUGGGCGGCCUACCGGGACUUCCGGAACAAGCCCUACGGCGUGCUUCUCAAGAAUGGGGAGGGCUGGCGCCAGGACCGCCUGGUGCUAAACAAGGAAGCCCUGUCCCUCCAGACCAUCGAUAAUUUUGUGCCUCUUCUGAAUGAGGUGGGGGAAGAUUUUGUCAAGAGGGUCUACAUUCAGAUUCGAAGCAGCGCCCACGGGAGAUGGACAGCAGAUUUGACCAAUGAGCUCUUCCGUUUCGCCCUGGAGUCUGUGUGCAACGUCCUGUAUGGCACCCGCCUGGGCCUCCUGCAGGACUUCAUCGAUCCCGAGAACCAGCAGUUCAUAGACGCCAUCACGCUGAUGUUCCAUUCCACCUCGCCGAUGUUGUACAUCCCGCCGGGGCUGCUGCGGAGGAUCAACUCCAAGACCUGGCAGAACCACGUGAAGGCCUGGGAUACCAUCUUCCAGCAUGCUGACAAGUGCAUCCAGAACAUGUACCGGGACCUCCGCUUGAACCGGAAAAGUGCCAAAGAAUACAUGGGCAUCUUGUCCAGGCUCUUACUGCAAGACAAGCUACCGAUUGAAAACAUCAAAGCCAGCAUCACGGAGAUGAUGGCAGGAGGGGUGGACACGACGUCCAUCACCCUGCAGUGGGCCAUGUACGAACUGGCCCGAGCCCCCGCCAUGCAGGAGCAGCUGCGCUCGGAGGUCUUUGCAGCCAAGGCAGCCUCCCAGGGGGAUGUCCUGAAGAUGGUGAAGUCGGUCCCGCUGCUCAAAGCGGCCAUCAAGGAAGUGCUAAGGCUCCAUCCAGUAGCGGUGACAAUACAACGAUACACAACCCAGGAGAUCGUCCUCCAGAAUUAUCUGAUUCCUGCCAAGACACUGGUCCAAGUAGGAACUUAUGCGAUGGGCCGGGAUCCCCGCUUUUUCACCAAACCUGAGCUGUUCAACCCCGAAAGGUGGCUGAGCGAGGACUCCAGGCACUUCCGAGGGCUGAGCUUUGGUUUUGGGCCGCGCCAAUGUCUCGGGCGCAGGAUUGCAGAACUGGAGAUGUACCUUUUCUUGAUCCAUAUGCUGGCAAACUUCAAGAUUGAAAUGAAGAGGGGAGUGGAAGUUGGUACCACAUUUGACCUUAUCCUGAUCCCAGACAAGCCCAUCCACUUGACUCUACGGCCUCUCGACUCGCAUCCACGAGCGAAGGAAGAAUUCCCAUCAGCCUCUGGGGCAAGAUGAAGCACGUGACACUUAGACAAAGGUUGGAUGCUGCCCGGCCGGCCCACAUACUACCCAGUCGAUCAAUGUCCCAGCAUUCUGCGGGCAGCUUGCAGAAACACGGGCAGCGGAUGAGAUGCCGACUCUGAGAGAAACGAUCCGGGGCACAUCUCCUCAGCAUCACGUCCCUUGCUCUUGAGAUACAGUUUAGACAAAUGAAGGAGACCGGCCAGGUCUUCCGGUAGUCAUAGGGUUGAGUACGAUAGUAGCAGAGCCUCUUGCGUCAGGCACAAGAUCCUUCUGGCCCAGGGUCUCGUUUCCCACCGUGCCCAACCAGGUGUCUUUGGAAGGCUCCAAGGAAGAGCAAGUCACAAUAGCAUUCCUGAGCUUCUGCCGCCCUCCACAACCCCGCUCUUUCCGCAGCACUUUAUUCUUCCGAGCUCCCUUUCUGGAGGGAUGCUCGGCCGGGUGAAGAGCAGUUGAGAGCAUGGGAGCCAUGUGGAUCAGAGCAAAGCCCAGGCUAGUCCAGCUUCACCCAGUGGCCAAACAGUUGCUUGGUCCCCCACCGCUGUUGUCCAGGCUCACACUGACCUCUGGUCUGGAGGCCCUCAGGCCUACCAGCCAUUGCCAGCUUUCUCCUCCAGCAGUCCGACUGUCCAGAUUGGAGAGCACAACACCCACCACAGGAAAUCUUGAGCUAGCAGAUGUGAUAGCUGAGAAUCCCCCAAGCAAAUCAUCCUUCACAGCUGAGUUGGGUUCAUUUGGGUGGCAGCUAGGAUAAAGUUGGAGGGGGCCCGGCAUGCCAAAUUGUUCCAAACCAAUUCACAUCACUUCUAAGUUAGUUAUAAAUGAAGAGAAACAGGAUAGAACAUGGAGGGACAACUGGAUCGACAAAAUCUUGUAAAUCGUCCCUUGGGGACGACAUUUUGCUGAAAAAAUA